AUUAAUAACGACAGUAUCAUUCUGUUGAAACGGCAACAAUCGACGAUUGAAAAUGCGUGCUUUUAUCCUACUUGCUGCAAUUGCAGUGGCUAGCGCCACCAUCGCUCCACUUCACCCCGCUAAGGAGAGAAUCCCAGGACGUUACAUCGUCUCCCUCAAGGAUGGCGCAGACGUAAACAAUUUUGUGACUUACGUCGCUACCAAACUGGCACUGCAGGAUAUCAAAUUGGAUAUUAAGUUCAAGUACACUACAGUCCUCAAUGGUUUCGCUGCUUCUCUUAACGACAAAGCCCUCAAUCUGAUCCGUAGCUUUCCAGAGGUAGAAUACGUAGAGGAAGACGGCAUUGCCAGGACACAGGCCGUGAGCUCCUGGGGACUCGAUCGUGUAAAUCAAAGGGACCUUCCUCUGGAUGAUAUUGUUGGUCACACCAGCGGAAAUGGUGCCAAUGCGCAUGCGUACAUCAUUGAUACUGGAGUCAACCCAAGUCAUUCUGAUUUUGGUGGCAGGGCCACUAACGAUUACGGAAAGGAAGAUUGCAACGGACAUGGUAGCCAUUGUGCUGGUACAAUUGGUAGCGCUACCUAUGGCAUUGCCACUGGAGCUACUAUUCACGGAGUUCAAGUUCUCGGUUGUCUAGGAUCUGGUUCCUGGUCUGAGGUUAUCAAUGGUUGUGACUGGGUAGCCAACAAUCACAUCAAACCCGCCGUCGCCUCUCUUUCACUUGGCGGCGGAUCGUCUCCGACCGUCGACCGUGCUAUGACUCGAAUGAGGGCUGCUGGUGUUACCGUAUCUGUUGCCGCAGGUAACAGCGACGCUGACGCAUGCGACUACUCCCCAGCUCGUUCUACUGACGCCAUCACCGUUGGAGCAACUGACUCGGCUGAUAUCCGUGCUUACUUCUCCAACUACGGAUCUUGUGUGGAUAUCUUUGCUCCAGGUGUUUCCAUCACCUCUACAUGGAAAGCAUCACGCACCGACACCGAUACUACCAACACUAUCAGCGGAACUUCAAUGGCUUGCCCUCAUGUUUCAGGUGUUGCUGCUCUCCACCUGUCGAACAACCCUUCUUGGACCCAUGAUGAAGUCUCAAGCCAGAUUCUAGCGGACGCCACCCCUAACAAGAUUACUGAUGUUAUGGAAUCGCCAAACCUCCUUCUUUACGCUGAUUAAUUGAGUUUAUGCGAUUAACUCAUUAGCAAAUAUACAAUCGGGGAACGGAAAAUCAUCAAUGAUUCACUUCAAUAUUCAAGAAAAGCAUAAUAAAUUAUACACAGAAAAUCCUAUUGCCACGGCACGAUUUAGAGAGUUAUAAAGAAAUAUACUGAUAUAUCCAUUAACUUCCCUAUACCGGUCAGUUAUAAAUUAAUCAUUGCAUGAGGUAAAACAUCAUCAGGAGUACGUUUGCGCGAGGUUUGCUGAACACAAUGUGUUUACAUUAUGAUGACAAUAAAUAAAAAACAAAAAAAUA